AUGAACAGCCAAGAAGGACUAGAUCAUUGCAAAGCAAUUGCUACCAUACUGGCUUCUUCUGGCUUUACCUGGCCUGCCGAGCUGUUUAAGACGUUCCAAAAUUAUCCCUACCCCAUUCCACCUUACUAUCCUGCUAUUCCGUUUGAAACACCAGUUCAAACUCCUAGUACACCGGAUUCACCGCUCAGUUUAAUUGACGUCGUAAAAGUAGACGAAACUGAGAACAAAAAGAAACGACACAGAAGGAUACACAGCAAAAAUAACUGCCUGACACCUCCGAACAGCGAUGACGACGUUAGUUUGUUAUUAUUUUUUCUCAAUCAGGUUAGAUAA